AUGUCCAUCGACCACAUUGGCCUCUUCGUCCCCGCCUCCAUCUACAAGGAGACGGUCGACUGGUACCUCGCCGCCCUCGCCCCCAUCGGGUUCAAAAAGUUCAUCGAGCCCAAUGAGUACGCCUGCGGCCUCGGCGUCCAACGCAGCGACUUCUGGAUCGCCUGCCACAGCGCGGACAAGGCCAACAUGCCCGUUCACAUCGGUUUCAAGGCCGAGAACCGCAAGGCAGUCGACGACUUUCAUAAGGCCGCCCUCGCUGCCGGGGCCAAGGACAACGGCGCGCCCGGGCUCCGGCCGCAGUAUCACCCCAACUACUACGGCGCCUUUGUCAUCGACCCCUCGGGAAACAACGUCGAAGUCGUCUGCCACACGCCCGAGGUCACAGAGUAA